AAAUUGAACCCUAACUUACAAGUCAUGUCCCUCCUCCGCCGCAUUGUCCGUAAUUCGACGAAGGCUGCUCCGGUUGCGAAGGCGUUCAAGCCUUACCCACUCGGAAGAGACCCUUCCAAACUCCUCAAGCUUGCUCCGGUCUCCAUCACGGAUAUGGAUGACCGCCCAAUUUCUCUGCGCCACAGAGUCACGACUAUGAUCGAGAUGGCUAAUCUCGACAAAGCCUCGAAGCUCUCGCGCCUCGCUGUCUUGGACGAAUUUCGGGUCGACAGUGACACCCUCUUCAUCUGCAAUUCCGUAAUCAGCGCCAUGUGCAACGCCAGAGGGAGACGGUACUCCGAAGCCUUCUCUCUGUUCAAUUACUUUUUCAACGAGUCUCAGAUUCUCCCAAACGUGCUCUCCUGCAAUUUCAUUAUCAAAGUAAACUGCGACAUCCGUCUCGUCGACGAAGCUCUUGAGCUCUACCGCCACAUUUUGCUCGACGGACGUUUAGUUCCAGGGACCGAGACAUAUAUGAUGCUCACCAAAGGCUUGGUUGAUGCUAAAAGACUCGAUGAAGCUUGUGGUUUAGUUAGAUCAAUGAGCAUGCGCUGUACUAGUAGUAGUUUUAUGGUCUACGACAUUCUGAUUCGGGGGUUCUUAGAUAUAGGGGAUUCCGUAAAGGCUAGCCAAAUCUUGGAGGAAUGGAAAGGAUUGGAUAGCAAACUUGCACGGAGAGAUUAUCACGAGGCACUUGCCAUCUUCAACGUUUCGUUUAUGAACUAUUGUUUCAAGCAAGGCAAAGAUGAGGAAGCUAUGGAGAUUCUCGCAACUCUGGAAGAUGCUCAAAUGCUGAAACCCAUUGUCGGAAACAGGGUUUUAAAAGUUCUUGUGGAGCACGGUAAGAAGACAGAGGCCUGGGAAUUGUUUGGAGAGAUGAUAGAAACCUGUGAUCCCGAGACGGUUAACAUAAUGUCCGAGUAUUUUAGUGAAAAGACUGUGCCACUCGAGCGGCUUCGGAAAGCAUGUUAUAGGACGAUGAUCGCGUGUCUCUGCGAGCAUGGAAAAGUGUCAGAGGCAGAGAAACUCUUCGCCGAGAUGUUAACGGACGUUGACGGAGAGGACUUCUUGGCAGGGCCUGACCUUCCAACAUUCAGAGCAAUGAUGAAUGGGUAUGUUCAAGUAGGGAGAGUCGAUGAUGCUAUCAAGACCUUGAACAAGUUGCGCAUUUCAAAUAUCCGAAAGCUUGCUAUUCAUCGAGACCCAUAAGCCAUAAGUGUUGCAUUUAUGCUUUAUCAUAUAUUAUGUUUCCCGUAGAAUCAUGUUUUCAAAUUUUGCAUUGCAUACCAUUGAAACUCUAAUAAUGGGUCUGACUUGUAAACUCAAACCUAUAAAUAAAAUCUGUAAACUCAA